GCUCUGGGCGGUUUUUUCUAUUUAAACGGCCACGCGUUGCACUUUAGAGCGGCGAGGUUUAUAAUUUCUCUUGUGCCACCACCCUCCUCCACCAGCCACCACCACCCACUUGCGCAAGUCUUGCGAGUGCGUGAGUGGAGUCACAACGUUGGACAGUAGUCGUGUGUUUGGCAGCCUACACUUGGCGUUUGCUCUGUGUGUGUGUGGCUCUCUGUCUGUCUCUCUCUGUGAGUAUUUUGUUAUUGGAGUUGAGUGGAAGCGCAGUGGCGAGUGCGUUUGGCACUCCGAACCCGGUUCGCCCCCCCCCCCUCUAUACCCGAGUUCGAUUGCCACACGCGGUCAGCACGUGCGCCUCCCCUAGGUCUGCUCGGCCUUAAAACAUCAACGGUGACCGGGCUCGCCGUGUUGGCUCAAGCCCCUCCUCCGUGUGCCGUGCCGAGCCUACAUCGGUGAAACUCGCGAACAGCACUUGCCCCCAAGCGAGGUGUCGUUGGAUGCCAGCAAAGCAUUUGCUGCACCAUCAUCAUCAUCCUCAUCUUCUUCAAGCAUGCUCCGAUACCUCUUGAGUCGCCAUGCCCUGCCAGCCUUGGCAAGCGCUGCCUUGGUCGUCGAUUCUGACACGAGGCACCGAAGAGACUUGGCGAAGGGGCAGGCGUCCACCCUCGACACGACAACAACCACCACCAACAACACCAACAAUAACCACAUCAUCGGGACUUGCAAAGGAAUAUUAUCCUUACAGAAAACUGUCUGUACGAGUGAUCAAAGCUGUGAACAUACAUGGAAAUGACAUAUUCAGCAAACCCGACUGCUACGUGCAGCUGAAUCUUCCCACCGCGUCUGCCAAGCCGGUUUCCACCAAAAUUAUCAACAACUCCAGCAAUCCACAAUGGGAUGAGACGUUCUUCUUUCAGGUCCACACGGCACUUACGAACGUGCUGGAGCUCACCAUGUACGAUGCUGACAUGAUGAAGGAUGACAUCAUCUCAAAAGUGCUGGUGGAUGUCGAAAGUUUGAAAGUUGGAGAGAAAAUCCACAAAAACUACAUUCUUGACAAGAAGGCCGAAACGUUGCUUGAGGUGGAGCUUAAGUUGGAAGAGAGUGAUUCUCCAGAGUGUCCUGUUUACACCAAUGGGAUCCUUUCGAUUCGGCCCUGCAUGGAGCUCAUUGUCGCUCUGCAACACGUGGCAGAGAAAGGCAAGCAGGAGUGUGAAGAAGAGAUGCAGUAUUUGUCCGUGUCGGUUCCGCCGUCGUACGAGCGCGAGAGACUCACCCCGUGCUGGUCACCGCUGGCCACUGCUUUGGAUGAGAACCUGACCUUCCACGUCGAUUCUGGUUUCCAGUCGGCCAAGCUGAACGUGGGCCUCUACAAGGACCACGACAUCAGUGAAAAGUUCCCGGAGGAGAGUGGGCUUGGCACAGGAUCGGUGCCCCUCACCUACAAGAAUCCGAUUGAAAACGUGGGAGUGCAAUUGCCACUUGGCAAAGACAAGGAAACGGAAGUGGACCUUACCUUAAAAUAUAAAUCCAGAGGUGUACCUGCUCUUCGCCUUGGGUUUGACCUCUCAGAUGGCGAGAAAGAAUUUCUGCAAAAAAGGAUGAAAGUGAUGCCAGCAGCUUUCCAAAAGUUUUUUAAUCUCAAGGCGACACCACACGAAAAGGAAGUGCCUGUGGUGGCAGUGUUGGGUUCUGGGGGCGGCAUGCGAGCCGCGAUCUCCCUGUUUGGCUGCCUCUUGGCUCUCGAGGAACAAGGUCUCCUCGACUGCAUCACCUACAUGAUCGGUGUCUCUGGAUCCACCUGGUGCAUAUCCAAUCUGUACCAGCAACCGCUCUGGGGCAAGGGGGAGACGAGUGUAAUCGCGCAAGAGAUUCAGGAAUUGAAGGCAUGCACCACAGCUCCUAAGUAUGGUGCCUUCUCACCGGAGGCCCUCUUGAAAUUCCGGAAUGCUAUGGUUCACAAGAAGGAAGACAACCAAUUCGUUUCUCUCACGGACCUCUGGGGCCUCGUGCUGCAGUGGAUCUUUGGCAAACAGGAGAAACUGGUCAGGCUGUCAGAUCAGCAGAAAGUGGUUAGCACUGGACAGGUGCCGUACCCAAUCUACUCUGCAAUCAAUGUAAAGUCCACUGUCAGCACUGAAGAUUUUGCAGAGUGGGUAGAGUUCACGCCACAUGAGGUGGGGAUGCCAAAAUAUGGUGCUUUUGUGCGCACGGCUGACUUUGGGAGUGAGUUCUACAUGGGCAAUUUGAUGAGGCGCCAUGCUGAACUACCACUGCAUUACCUGCAAGGGUUGUGGGGGAGUGCAUUUGCAGCGAGUCUGGACCGCAUUUACCUGGAUGCAACUGGAAACGGCUUGAAAUUGUUGAAAUCUUUUAAAACUAAGAUCAGUGCACUGGAUGACAAGGCGCCUGGGCACCUUGCCACCAAAGUGGUGACGCCCGUGAGCUGGUUCUCAAGCACGCUCGGCAACAUCUUCACCAAGCAUCGUGCAGGACAGAACUUUAACUUCCUUUCUGGAUGCUUCCUGAGUCGCAGCUACCUGACGUCCUCGCAAUUUCUAACCAAGGAUGUGACGAACUUUGAUAGCCAACCCAACCGACUUACUCCAUUGGAGAAUGAUAUCUUCCUUGUGGAUGCUGGACUCAAAAUGAACUCUGCCUUCCCACUCGUGAUGCGACCCCAACGGAAUGUGGAUGUCAUAAUUUCCUUCGACUUCAGCUGGCAGAGCCCAUUCACGACCCUGAAGUUGACCAGUAAGUACUGCCAAGAGCACGGCAUCCCAUUCCCAAAGAUCGAUGUACCGUCGUGCAGUCUUAACGAUCUGCACGAGUGCUACGUCUUCUCCGAUGAGUCGGAUCCACGGGCGCCCAUUGUUCUGCACUUCCCGCUCAUCAACAGCAGCUUCCGCAAAUUCAAAGCUCCUGGCAAUCCACGGGUGACUGAAGAGGAGCGCUCCUUUGGUGAUUUCGACGUCUUCAUGAGCAACUCACCCUACAGGACCUUCAACUUCACCUACUCGGAGCUAGAGUUCGACAGGCUGAUCGCACUCAACCACUACAAUGUUGUCAACAAUCUGCCAGCAAUACGGCAGGCACUGCAAAGUGCCCUUAAGCGCACUAAACGAAGGGUUUUUCCGGCCAAUAGCAACAUUUGACCAAAAUUGAUCCCAACAAUCCCAGGAAGGCAUGGAUAAUCUUACUGGUUUUAUUCAAAGCACAAUAUUAAAUAGUACCUUAUCUUUAAUAUAUGUCAAGAUGUACGAUAUUUUAUUCGGGUUAUUUUAUUUGAUGUGUGUGUUGCAAUUUGGGCUAUGGGUUUUUUUUUAUUGUGAGAAAUGUGCAUACAAGAUGUAUAUAAAAAUUCUCACUAAAAAGGCAAUCUGAAAAAAAUGUAAAUGGUAUGGAAGUCUGAAACACGAUUUAAAAGCAUCACAAACAAUUUAUCAGGUAAAAUACAAUCUUCAAUGUGCAUGAUUGUAUUUGUGAGGUUGAACAUCCUAACAGCACACUCACCAAUAAGCCAGUUUGCAGGCCAUUAUCAAAUAAACAGUUUGUUGCAAAGUGAAUAUUAAAAUACCCUGUAAAAUUCCCAAUGUAACCCAAUGAGUUCAGUAAAAAAACUUGCAUGUUUUACAUUCUGCAAUAAAAAAAAUGUAUAUACACAUAGAAUGGCCAUAUAUGGUUUACCAGAAAGAUACGUCAUAGAAAAUUGAUUUUCAUAAUAAUCUGUCAAUUGUGAUGCUGUUCAUUUAUGCUAUAAAUAUGCAGUGUGAUCAGCCAUGCUCAUGAAUCAUUUUAUAAUUUUUCCUACCUCCACAACAUUCUCAACCAAUUAUAAUUACCCAUGUUUUACAUGUUCAAAAUUGCUUUUUGACUUUUCCACACAAACAAUAUUCAUGACCAAAAGAUUGGAUACACCAAAAAAGUGAUUAAAAUAACAUAAAAUAGCUGUAACCAGGCAGGGCUUCUGCCCAGAAUGUCAAAGUAGAAUCUAAUUUCGUCCUGAGAUAUAAUAAAUGUCACUGCAGUUCGUUGAAAACACAUGCGUCUGUUUGCCCAGGUUGCUUUACCCAAUUCUACUCCUAAGGGUCACGUGGUGCAAAGGUGCUCAGAGCAAUAUGAUCUGCAGGUUUUUGUUGAUGAGGUCUGCAGCAGGUAGGUGGUUCUGAUCCACCUGCUCAGCUUUGCUCUGAGCUGUAAUGUACGAUUAUUUUUGUAUUUUCAAUGUUUUUAAUAAAACACAUUUUGCAAUAUUGCAAGUA